CGUCCUCUUCGGUCCGUCUCCACUCCGCUGAUCAGUGAAGCGUGCGAACGCUGCUGGAAACGAAGCCUGAUUCGCACCGCUCCACAAGCUCGAGAUCUCAGAGGUAACCGCCGCCGAUUCGGCAUCGACAAUGGAGUAUCGGAAGCUCAAAGAUCAGGAUAAAGAUGGGGACACAAAUGACGAAGACGUAGAAAGCCUGCGAGGAAAAGCUAUUUCAGGCGUUUCACUGAAACCCUUGGCUACCUUGGGAGUCGGCUCGAGCGAUCGGUCCAAGUGGAAGCGCAAGUCGAUCGUCACGCUUGCAUUGACAAUUCUCACUAGUUCGCAAGCGAUCCUCAUCGUUUGGUCCAAGAGAGCUGGGAAGUACGAGUAUAGUGUUACCACUGCAAAUUUCAUGGUGGAGACUCUAAAAUGCGCCUUGUCACUUGCUGCCUUGGCAAGAAUAUGGAGAACAGAAGGGGUUACUGAAGAUAACAGGUUGAGUACAACAUUGAACGAAGUCAUAGUCUACCCUAUUCCUGCAUUUCUUUAUCUUAUCAAGAAUUUGCUUCAGUAUUAUAUCUUUGCAUACGUGAAUGCUCCUGGAUAUCAGAUACUGAAGAACCUGAAUAUUAUAAGCACUGGUGUUUUAUACAGGAUCAUACUUAAGAGAGAAUUGAGCGAGAUUCAGUGGGCAGCCUUUGUUCUCCUUUGUGCAGGCUGCACUACAGCCCAAUUAAACUCAAACUCAGAUCGCGUUCUUGAAACUCCAGUUCAAGGUUGGAUAAUGGCAAUUGUAAUGGCACUUCUAAGUGGGUUUGCUGGAGUCUACACUGAGGCUAUAAUGAAAAAGCGGCCUUCUAGAAACAUAAACGUGCAGAAUUUCUGGCUAUAUAUAUUUGGGAUGAUCUUCAAUGCUAUCGCGAUAGUCAUCCAAGAUUUUGAUGCAGUUGCAAACAAGGGCUUUUUCCAUGGAUACUCUUUGAUCACAACUCUCAUGAUUCUCAACCAUGCACUGAGUGGCAUCGCUGUGUCUAUGGUGAUGAAGUAUGCAGACAAUAUUGUGAAGGUAUAUUCAACUUCAGUGGCAAUGCUUCUGACAGCCGUUGUUUCUGUGUUUCUCUUUGGCUUUCAUCUGUCCCUUGCCUUCUUCCUUGGUUCAACCGUUGUCUCUGUCUCAGUGUACUUACACUCCAUUGGGAAGCUGCGAAGAUAGUAAUGUCUUCUCUGUCCACCGAACAACAUCGUGCUCCACAGCUUCUCCUGCAGUUCUUCCUUUUAAUCAUUAUUUUUAUUCGUUGAUUACUAUCGAAUCAUACGGUCAAAGAAUCAGAUUAACCACAGCAAAGAUCACCUCCUGUAACUCUCAUAUGUGUGUAGAGGAGUAGAAGGGUAGAAGAACAGUUAUUUUUCGAGUGUUGCUUCUUGGGCAAGUAAAAUAUAAGUCAGCUUUGCAAUUUGUUCGGUUAUUAAAGCUUUACCUAUAA